CAGAUUUAUACAUCUGGUGAAACAUCUGACUAGUUGUUCUAUCUGUGGCUAUAUCGUAUUUGGAGCUAGCAAGCUGUUUGCAAACGGAAAAAUGUUGACCAUAUUUUGUAAAACUUUUUAUUAGUUCGACGAAAAUAAUGGAAAUGUUCAGUAAACUGACAAAUCUCUUUCAACAGGCGUUGGAGACAAGGGAGCCAUCAGUAAAUUUAUUGGACUCUUUUGUGGAGCACUGGAAAGGGAUAACCAAUUAUUACAUUGAAACUACUGAUGAAACGAGGCCUGUAAAGCAGACAGACAUCCCAUGGCGAUUGAAGCAAAUGCUGGAUAUCUUAGUUUACGAAGAGGGCCAACAGGGGCUGGAGGAGACGGGCCCUUGUAUGGAGUACCUCCUACAGCACAAACUGCUGGAGACCCUCUGCACCCUAGGCAAAGCACAGUACCCCCCAGGAAUGAACCAGCAGGUCCUGGUGUUCUUCUCCAAAAUCCUGGUACAAAUCCAAAAGCCAAUGCUUCACAUUAUCAAUGUGUAUAGGCCAGUGCAGAAGCUGGUUCGUCUGUGUGGUCUUCUGGGAUCGCAGACUGAGAAAGAGGAGGCUCAGUUUCUGUUUGUCGUUUGCUCCAGGGUGAAACAAGAUCCGUAUGUUCUCAACUACAUUUUAGAGAUUAAAAAGGAAAAUCUCUUCAAGAGGUCUAUUUCUUCCUCUGAGGAUACAGAAAACGGGAGAAGUGAAGAGGCUGUGCCUUCCAGUAACCCCACAGCCUCAAACCCUGCCUCCACCUCCAGUCCUCAACAGCACUCACCCACUGACUCUCCCUCCACUAUUUUCCCAGCCAAUGCAGGCCUCAUCCAUGUCUUGGUCCACUUGAGCAGAAGCCAGAAAAAAGUUGCACUGAAAGCCUUUGAGAGCUUGCUGCUCCUCGUCAGCCUACCAAAGGAAGAUACUGCAGUGUGCCUGGCUGAAAGCACCCCACUGUGUCAGCUACUGGCUGAGCGGUUGUGUGAGCUCUACAGCCAGCUCCCGGCCACGCUGGAAGCUGCAGACAUCCACAGUUUCCCCCAGACCCACUGGAGUGCUCCAUUCUCUCAGAACAGUAUGCAGGAAAGCCAGUCGUUUCCUGGUAGUGAGCACAUGGAGAGGUUUUUCUCUUGGCUGGACUUCCUUGACCAUCUGAUGAGAGAGGCACCAAAGAUCCUCGCUGUGAAAUUGGCCAAAGAAAUUCACCAUUGCUGGCUUGUCGGUGUUCUGCAGCCUGAGCUGCUCCAAAUGUCCGAGAUGGGCGUGCUGGUGAACACGGCGCUGCUGUGCUGCUCGGUGCGUCACAUCCAAUCCCCUGCCAUGUUGGAAGAGCUGGUCUCGUUCCUCCUGGGCAGACACACACAGAGCGAGCAGCGCUUGGACACAGAGAGUCAUGUGCUGCGAUAUCAACUUAUCGAGCACUGUGACCACAUCUCCGAUGAGAUCAGUAUCACUACUCUGCUCCUGUUUGAGGAGCUCCUACAGAAGCCCCACAGGGACAUUCUCUUCAACCUGGUCCUGAGGAACCUGGAGAACCGCUGCUACGUGACACACGCUCUGGGGGGAGGGGAUGACAGCAGGCAUUUCACCGACACCGAUCCCGUGGAGGAGAACGAAGAACUAGAGGAGGACCCUUUCUUCACAGACAUGUACGGCGUGGAUGAAUUCAACAGCUCAGAGCAGCUUCUGCCUCGACCCCAGCUCAUGAGAGAACCUCGCUGCAGUGGGCAAACUCAAGCAGCGGACAUUGUAAACAGCAGUUUUCUGUGUUUGGUCCCUCAAGAAGCAAAAACCUCUCAACAUGUCCAAGGUGCCCGAUAUGAAACGUAUGUCCAUGACGCUCAUGAGCAGUUUAAAGAGUGCACUACACUGUUGCUCGAUUGGGAUUGGCCGGAGUCCCUCAAACCAACCGAGUCGUCUGUAUCCAGUUCUGACUUCUUCGAAGGCCACUUCCUCAAAGUCCUGUUUGAUAGAAUAGGCCGGAUCCUUGAGCAGCCCUAUGAGCUGAACCUCCAGGUGACAUCGGUGUUGUCCAGGCUGGCCGUGUUCCCUCACCCCCACCUCCAUGAGUACCUGCUGGACCCCUACAUCAUCCUGGCCCCUGGAGCCCGCUCCCUGUUCUCUGUGCUCAUCAGGGUGAUAGGAGAACUGAUGCAGAGGAUCCAGCUGAUCCCAAACUUCAAAGAGAAGCUUGUGCAUGUCCGAAGGCAGCUGAUGGGCCUGGAUGGGGAGUCUGGAGUGGAUCACAUGCCCCUGCUUAAGGGAGUGAUCAUCCUAGAGGAGUUCUGUAAGGAGCUGGCGGCCAUUGCCUUUGUCAAACUUCCCGACAACAACACAAACUUGUCGAACACUGACACCUUGUGAAUCCUUGAACGGAACAGAAGAUGGACGACACCAGUCAAACAGCUGCUUACUUGCGUUGGUUGCACAAGUAAACUAGGCCAUAGAUGACAGGAGGUACAAGGACAAUGAGAUUGAUAAAGAUAAAGCAUUGGUACUUGCGAGAAUAGAAAAUGUGUAAGAGUCAUUGCACAGUCAUCUCCAUUUUUAAGUUUAUUGUAAAUGCUGAAAUGUUUAGCUUAUUUUGUUGGGUUUAAUCUUAUGUUACGUAAUGACUAUGCAAACUAUUUAAUAUCUUAAGCAAAUUAUUAUUACACCUGGAAAUAA